GAAAUAAUAAAUUAAAACCACGAAUACAGUAGAGAAUAUGGUUGGACAAAUUGUAAUUUUAACAUUGUUACUAAGCCGGACAUUAAGUGAAGAAGUACCGGAGUUUCAAUAUCCCUGUUAUGUGGAUGUAUGUACAUUUCCUACUCAGUUUUGUAAUUCGGAUAAAUAUGAAAGGCGCUGUAGCCCGUGUUCUAGGGCCAUUUGUCGACAAACAAACGUUCCUUUGGCAUGCCGAUAUAUUUGUAUGAAACACAAUGAAUUGUCUACGACUACGAAACCAACAUCUACAACACUGGCGCAAUCUCACCAGCCGUCCGCCUCACAAGGAAACGAUAAUUUAGCGUCACUACACUUGAUAAUGUCUUACAGCGCUGUCUCCACCACAUUAUUGGUUGUUGUGCUCCUAGCAUUUGUUGCAUAUUAUAUUCAUCGUAAAAAACUUGCGAAGGAAAAAAGUAGAAGAUAUGAUUAUCCAGUUGGUUACAGAACAGGUUUAAAUAAGGGCCGAAAUUAUGACCCCGAUGAAGGACAACUUUUACAAGAAAUUACAUUAGAUAAUAGAGAAAUAUGUUCUCAAUGUGGACAGAGACCUAGACCAGAGUUAAGAGAAACAGAGAAUGCACCACCCUCAUAUGCAACUUGUGAUCAAGGAAGACUUCUGUUCUCAAGGUCAGAUACUCCGAGCACACCCAGCAGUACAGAAUCAGUACAGAAUACUGCUAAAACAGGGUUAGUAAAACCUAUGCCAGCUAAAGCGCAAGUCAAAGUGAACAAUAAUUCAACUACUGGAAGUACGAGACAUAAAGUACUAAAUGACGCAGGAAUGCAGACACCAUUAUGUGAAAGUUUAAUUAAUAGUCAUGAAACACAGGACAACGAUGAAACAAGCCUGAAAAUGUCAAACAUUUGAAACGAAAAGGGAACUGGUCCGCUCGCUUAGCUCAGUAGGUAAAGCACAGCUCUACGGAUCGCGAGUUCGAUCCCCGGACGAGGCGUAGAUCUAUGUUCUCCAUGACAAUUUGAUAUAAAAGAUAUUGUGCCUGAAAUCAUUCGUUCUUCACCUCUGAUUUAUGUGGUGAAGUUGGUAGUUACUUGCGGAGAAGAGGUUUGUACUGGUACAGAAUCCAGGAAAACUGGUUGAUAACUGCAUGCCGUUACAUAACUGAAAUACUGUUGCUAUGCUAAACCUGCUCUAAACCCAAAACAAACAAAAGACUAUUUUCAUUCACAAGAAUAGACAUACAUAUUUGUUAUAUGUUUCUGUCAUUGAAGGGGAAUUUCAUGUUUGACGGCUGACACAGUACGAGUCGGUUGUACUUUGGUACCAUAUCAUCGUCGCUGUAAAUUGGCGAAUAUGUUUUAGAUCGUUUUAAAGAUAGUUUGCAGCUUGUUUGAAUCAGUGCCUGUAUCUGUGUCGAAUGAGGCGGGUUUGUCGUUCUUACGCCGGUAGGUCGUUCAGUGACACGCUGCUUUCUCUUGUUAUAUUUAUAUGUUUUAGUAGCAAUUUUGUACAUGUGCGUCAUUCGUUUGGUUUUCUAGUCCUGAACCUAUCUCGAUCUUCAAGAAUGUGAUAUUUACGGGAAGGAGGGACGAGUUUAGAGCCUAAAAUUAUUACCGUGUUAGUUUUUUUUUCUGAGACUGUGAUUUGUUUACCUUGUUUUAUUCUUUUAUUUCAAAAUAUUGUAUGUAAAAACAUAUUGAUUUUUGAAGAAAGACAUAUUGUCAGUCUACUGUUUUCUGCUACAUGAUAUCUCAAAGUUAAAAACAGAUCAGAAGAUUUCCGAAAUAAUUACUAUUAUGAACAAUCUAGGACACUCUCGACUACGUAGGUCAGUAUCACAACUAGGGCAUACAUUUCAUUGGUAUAUUGUAAGACGAACACGGGAUUUGUAUAGUAAUGUAUUUUGUGAAAAACUUCAGACAUUAAUUUUGUUUCCUUUUGUAAUAAAGAAAUAAAGUAUGCGAGAUUUGUUGCUAGGUGACAUGUAGGUUUCCUGCAAUAUCAUUUGUUAAUUUUAUUGUUGUCAUGAAUUUCAUAAAAGUCAAUGAUAACAGCAGAAGAGAAGAAUUUUACCUAUGCAAUAAGGACAUAAUACUUAUGUGUUUCUUGUCGAGAUAUCCGACUAGAAAAUUACAAAGUUUUAAUUAAUGUAGUUGUGUUUUUUUUAGAAAUUGUUGUUGUUAUGUGGACAUCCAUAUUAUAUUGUGGUUGAAAACUGAAUAAAAGAAGAAACAGAA